CUCGCAGCCGUCGCCCAGUAGAGUUUCCCAGCUCGCGGACCAAGCACAACAACACCGAAAAAAACAGACAGUGUGAGGAAAAUAUACGAAGACCAGUGCUUUUUUCAAACAAGUGUCAAACGUUAUCGUGGUGGAUUUUUUUUAAUGCUUUAACUAGUCGCCGACAGAGCGCGAGAGAGUGGAACGAGAGCGAGUCAGCCAGCCUAGCGAGGGAUAAGGAAGAAAGAGGGAAAAUAAUUGCUGGUAUAUUUUGGUCCUCGCCAACCGUUACUUUGGAUAUCAAGAAGAUCAGAGGUUGUGUAGUCAUGGGAUGUACACUGAGCGCCGAGGAGAGAGCGGCUUUGGACAGGAGCAAGGCUAUCGAGAAAAACCUAAAAGAAGAUGGAGUCACUGCCGCGAAAGACGUAAAACUACUCCUGCUUGGGGCUGGGGAGUCAGGAAAAAGUACCAUCGUGAAACAGAUGAAGAUUAUCCAUGAGGAUGGCUUCUCUGGAGAUGAUGUGAAGCAGUACAAGCCUGUGGUCUACAGCAACACAAUCCAGUCUCUGGCUGCCAUCGUCCGUGCCAUGGACACCCUGGGCCUGGAGUACGGAGACAAGGAGAGAAAAGCUGAUGCUAAGCUGGUGUGUGACGUGGUGAGUCGUAUGGAGGACACUGAGCCCUACUCUCCUGAGCUCCUGGGGGCUAUGAUCCGCCUGUGGUCUGACUCCGGCAUCCAGGAGUGCUUCAGCCGUGCCCGAGAAUACCAGCUCAAUGACUCUGCCCAAUACUACCUAGACAGUUUAGACCGGAUCGGUGCACCUGACUACCAGCCCACAGAGCAGGACAUCCUCAGAACCCGAGUCAAGACCACUGGCAUUGUAGAAACUCACUUCGUCUUCAAGAACCUGCACUUCAGGCUGUUUGAUGUGGGAGGUCAGAGGUCGGAGAGGAAGAAAUGGAUCCACUGCUUUGAGGACGUGACAGCCAUUAUCUUCUGUGUGGCACUGAGUGGGUACGACCAGGUGCUGCAUGAAGACGAAACCACGAACCGCAUGCAUGAGUCUAUGAAGCUGUUCGACAGCAUCUGUAACAACAAAUGGUUCACAGACACCUCCAUCAUUCUAUUUCUCAACAAGAAGGACAUAUUCGAGCAGAAAAUUAAGAAAUCUCCCCUUAGUAUCUGCUUCCCGGAGUACACAGGCACGGACACCUUCAUGGAGGCGGUGGGCCACAUACAGUCUCAGUACGAGAGCAGGAACAAGUCCCUCCAAAAGGAAGUGUAUGCCCACAUCACCUGUGCCACCGACACCAACAACAUCCAGUUUGUGUUUGACGCUGUCACCGAUGUCAUCAUCGCCAACAACCUGCGUGGUUGUGGCCUGUAUUAACCCAGAGGAUAGGCCCAGUGUGUCCCUGGAUAGACCCUUUUCCUCCACUUUUCCCUCAGUCUUUUAUGGUUUUAGAUUUAUUUAUAUAAUAAAACAUUUUAAUUCAGUUGUAGAAAGAGAGAUAGCUGUAUUUUAGGCCUCCGGCGUUGCACAUCACAAGGAGAGGUGAAGACAGGAAAAAGAGAGGACUCUUGAAUGGAACAAUUAGUUUAGUUUGAUAAAGAAUAUACAUUUUGACAAUUUGAUACAAAAGUCAUUUUAGUGGUAGAUUAUUUCUGUAUGUUUGGCAAUAUGCUGCAUUGUUUUACUAAAACACUUACACAAUGUUACACAACAGUAAUGAUUGCCUAACUGGAAUUGGGUCACCACCAUAAACAAUAAUAUACAGUUUACACGGAUAACUGCUCAUCUUUACCAACAAAGUAUCUCUUUUGCUUAUUGAGUAGUAGUCAUCUGAUAUGAGAGGAAUUUGUGCCUGGACAGUUUUGUGAAACACUUUGAAGUGGGAAUUGGAGUUGAAGAGUUGGAGAUGUGUUUGUGGCUAGUGGAAGAUGUUACCGUGUAAAUAAUGUGAAUUUCAGGAUUUUUUGGGGUUUAAAUAUUAUUUGUUGUUCCGCUUAUAUGUCAUGUGGGUUCUAAGAUUUUUGUAUUGGAUGGCUUUUUUUGGCUAUUGUCUAAUAUUUGUACGAUUCAAUGAUUCGGUGUGAAAUGUGUAAGAUUUGAAAGUACAGCCAAAGAUGUUUUGAGCUCUUUACACUGCAGUGGUCUCACUGAAGGGUACAUUUACCCAAACCGUACAGUGUAUUUGCGUAACUAAUUGUAGCCCAUUUAUAAUGGAAAUUGGUAGCAGUGGUAAUCUUCAUAAAAGUCACUGCCUGUUGAGUUAGAGCUGUAGAAAUAUUCACCCGUCAUAUUUAGUUCAGAUUUUCUUGUUGAGGUUUAGGUGCCUCAGCAGUCUCAAUCAAGCACUGGGAGUUGUUUGACUUACAUUGAUGGUGAUUGGCCUGGCCUAAUUUGCCUUACCGGUGCCAAUGCUAUAUUCUUAAUGGGAGCGUCAAUAGGAUAAGCAGUAGGUAUUUAAUGUGUGUGUGUGAGGUCAAAUAAGUUAGUAUCUGUUUGUAGUAUACUGUAAGAGAGAGCGUGUGUAGGAUGAGGUUAUCCAGGAAACAGCUGUUCCAUUCCUCAUUACACAGAACCUCAGGGAGGACACCAAAUGUCACAACACCCUCCCUGUCGUUUGCCAGAUAAUGCCAAACCACUCCAAGAAGGGGGAAAACCUGUUGGUUUCUUGCCAAAUAAAACCCUGCUCCCUGAGGUUUGAUUCCGUCCUCCUCUUUUAGCUGUGCUCUUGUCAUGGCUGUAGAAGCUCUCUUCGAAAUCACUAAUUUGUCACACCCAUGCAGGUGCUGGGUGAGUGGGGGUAGGGCAGAUGUUUCCAUGACGAUCAUUCUCAGCACCACGCCUGCCUUAGCUGGCAGGUGCAGCCUCUUGUGUGUCAGGUGACUCUGACAGCCACUGCGUUGAUUCUCUGGGCUCUGUGAAAGAUUUGUUGACUGUACUGCAGUACACUACAACACCAUUGCAGUAAGUUACUGUGUUGCUUCGGAAGGUGCGCAGCAGGAAGCAAAGGCUGUGCCGGCUCCCCAACAGGACAUGGUCUCUGAGUUCUCAUGGGCAGAAGAAAUCUCAUUCUGUGCCAAAUCUGUUGAGACAGUGUUGGUGUGCCACAUUUUAUGAUGAAUAAAAAGCUUGUCCUUGCUGCAGUGUCGGCAGGCAGAGUCACAGCUGGAGUUUUCUAUACCAGAGGCUAAACUAAGAUGGAAGCCAUCAGAAGUCUAGCAGGGCAUGUGUGUGUGUCCCAGAGCACCCACCCAGAUGGUCUCUGCUCAUCGUAUAGCUUGGCCUUAUACCUGACUGAUGGCCUAUAAAGCCUGUGUCCUUGGUCCAGGGAAUGAAGGGUAAUAAGAUCAGGGAAUGGCAGGCAGAGAGAACGCUGGGUAAUAGAGUUUAUGUGCACAGCAGUGAGGCUGAUGGAGUUUUAGGGCCAAGGUAAAGAGACAGAUUGGUAAGUGUGUCUGCUGGAGAGAAACGGAUGGGAGGUACAAUAUGUGGCCCAGAGAGAGAGAGAGAGAGAGAGAGAGAAUACACAGUAGUGUGGUCCUCUGAUGUAAUAGAGAUUAGUUUACCACGUCUGCACUUUGCCUUGGUGGAGAUGGUUCACGUGAUGUACAGGAGCUGUAAUACAGUUGAUUAGCUGUCAGGCUCUCCCAGUACCCAGUGUGUCAGUCCCAGGCAAGCGCACACACAUACAAAACACAUACACACUCACCAAGGUACUUCCAAUCACAGCAGGCAAAACAUACCAAUAUUUCAACUGCAGCCAUAAAUAAUAAAACAAUCGGCACAACAAUAUAACUUUUGAAAAGGAGAAUUCUUUCCCUGAAUGCAUUUCACCCUGUGUUACACAAAGACUGCCUCUGCAUCAGCAUGGGAGGAAUACAUUGGAGACUAUUCUCUGGAGCUUACCACAACCCCUAUGAGGAAAUUAAAUUGUUGUUCAUUUGAAAAUGCAGUGUCCGUCCAAACCGUACCAAGCCACCAACCCACAAGCAGCACUAGGAUGCUGACAGUACAGUACGUCAUGGUAUGAUUUAGUGCCUGUUCUCUAGUAGGUGUUGUUUGUGUCUCACUGAUGUAAUUAUUGUUUGCUCAUUCGUCUCUUUCACUGUUAUGAUUAUUUAUUGAAGGGUGUAUUUAUAUCAAGGAAAUAAUAAAGCACCUCA